AUGAUACUUGUCGAAUGGACCAUCAGCCUUCUCUUUUUCUGCCGGCUGAUACUGAGUCAGGACUCCAAAUCAGCCGAACGGGGUCUCGAUGAGGUGCCGUUUCCGGAACCUCUCAAUGCAGCCGAGUUUCAACAGGCAAUAUCGCAGCAAUUACAAGUGGUUGAGUUUUACAGCCCGUACUGUCACUUCUGCAAGACUCUUGCUCCAAUUUGGGAGAGGGCAUGGAGAAGUUUUCUUGACGAAGGGCGUCAACUAAACAUCGCCCUUAUUCAAGUCAACUGCGUUGAAAACGGUGACUUGUGCGCUCGGGAGAAAAUACUUGCAUACCCUGCUAUCAAAUUGUAUGGCCCCGGGGGCUUUAUAAAGGAUUUCCCUGCGAACGGAAAACGAACUUCAGAGAGCAUUAUUAACUUCGCUCGUCAAGAAGCGCUAAACGCAGACAAUUUGGAUACGGCUUUACUCAGAAGCAGCAGUGAAGAAUUGAAAGGAGCUGCCCUUCUUAAUCUCUUUUCAGGCAGCGCAGAGGCUUCACAUCUUGUAUCCUUUUGGCCUUCUAAGGAAUUGAGGGCUGUCGAUGAUAACUCGAUUGAGUUCGAGAACUGCGAGAAUUGUCACGGUUUUCAGAAGACCUGGACACUUCUUUCCAACAAGCUCGCCAACUCCAACUUUAAAAUAGGUCACGUUAACUGUGAAUCCGAGAGGAGCAUAUGUGAGGAGCUAGAGUUUGGGGACCUGGUUGCGAUACAAAAUCACAGAGCCGAUCGAGGACCUCGCGUUGUUUUAAUUGUUCCUCAAAAGAAAACCAAUGCUUUGUUCCACUACACCAAAGAAGACUACAGUCCGAGCGCUCUCGAAGAUUUUGCGCUGCGGACAAGCUCUAAUGCCCGAGUAGACGAAAUCUCCAAGAACUCUCUGACGGAAUUGAUCUCAAAACCAGUCGACCUGAAGAAAGGCUCCCAAGACUCUGACGGUAGCAUCCACGUCGUAUUCGCCUAUGAUCCCGAUACAGUUGUGCAAGAGGACUUUGAUAUCUUGGAACAUCUCGUCGAGCCAGUGUCCAACAUUCCAGGCGCUUUCCUUCAUAAAAGCACCGACGACAUCAAAUCAUUAUCACACUCCUUGUUUAUCGAAAUGUACAAGCAAAUAAAGCAUGAUGGCGGGGAGGGCGAAAUGGCACCAAACGAGGAAUAUUUCACCAUGAAAUCAAUUACGCAGCUACCCACUCUUUACAUAUUCAAGCAGGGAAGCUUGAUCUCACAUGUGCUAAAUGGUUACUCCACCACCGAAAUGCGUAACUUGGAUUUGAUUACGAAAUGGUUUUCUCAAAAUUGCGCUCCGCUAAUAAGCGAAUUGACACCUGCUAACUAUGGCCAAAUUUUCACAUAUAAUCCAGAGCUCUAUGACUUUACGGUGAUUCAGAUGAUUGACACCUCCAACAAGGCCGAAAUUUCCAAAAGUGCGGGGUUCUUAGAUAAUCUCAAAUUGAGCGCUUUUGGGUACGAAUCUGACCGCAUUGAUUACUUGUACAAAAUGGUUAAGGAGGAAAGGAAUGCAAAGAGUAAAGCCGUUCAGUCAUUAAAGCUGAAAGACGCACUCUCUACCAAUAUUGUCGCCAAGAUGCGAGACGAAAUUGCCCAUUCUGAUAACCAUCGGAUCCAAUUGGCAUUCUUAGAUUUAUCCCUUCACCAAACUUUGUUGGGCCACGCUGGCCUGCAGUCCAAAGGUCGUACAUACAAGAACGGUGAUGUGAUAAUAGUCGACAAAAAGGGAGGCUCAUUUUUCGUUGAGAAAAAUCAACAAGGCAACAUUCUGACCACGGAGACGCCCUCAAAUCUCAAAACCACUCUUUCUUUGCUAAGUUUUGCAACAAUUGAUGAAAAGAGUUCGAUCAUCAAAGAAAGAAUAAACAACUCGCGGAACGCAUUUUUUAAAAGCAUCGGUCAAUUUCACGAGAGUUUCAGUUUUCUUUGGUACAUCUUGCUUCUCGCUAUACUGAUCGUCCUUACCAGGCUGCCGAAGUUAUUCAGGAAGCUCUCGAUCGGGCGCAAAUAUCGCAACCGCAGAGAUGUCACAGGCAUUCUGGGGAAGCAAAAGUCCAAAGACUGA